AUGUGGGAGAAGCGUCAAAACACCAGAUUCUUGAACGGGAUACCACAGGCACGAGACUGCGACAUUCAGUCUCUUCACAAAUCUAGCGCCAACUCUGACAGUAGUACCACCGACUUUCACAACAGACGUAGUUUCCAAGUUACCUUGGACAUGGCAAAGUACUUCAGAAGAAGCGACAGAUACAAACACAAGUCCCACGGGAACAGCCAGUCCACAGACUUCGAAUAUCAAUGUCGCUCCAACAACCUCUUCAACACCUUCCCAGACUCCAGCAAUCAUAACCGACGCGCCCAUCUCUUCCUCUCCAACCUCAUCCUCGGCGCCCUAUUCGCUUCAAUGAUAGCAUACCUCCUCCACAAACACCGCUCCCAGAACACUUCUGAAGCCAAAUACACACCCACCGCCUUCUCCUCCUCCUCCGUGGAGUUGGGGAAGCACACAGAAUACACGCGCGUUCCGCAGCCUCCCGCAUCUCGCCCUCUCCCCAACAGACUCGUCGGGAACGGAGACAUAGAUCUCUCCUUGCUACCCGCGCCCGCAUCACCCAGCCGAAUCCACUCGCGCCUCACAUCCCUCUUCGCGCAAAUACACACGCACAUCACGACGUUUUACAGAGACGUGCCCGCCCCCAUCACCCCGAGCAUGCACUCCGCCCUCGCCGUGUUUGGCGACCAUGUAGCCCCCUUCCUCCAAGACACUCCCGCGCCAACAGCUGUCCUGCAACACGUCCUCGCCGCACACAUUCUCCGCAUCACAGAUCCCGUUGACGGGGAAAUAUGGCCGCGCGAACUGGUGAGCUUUGACACCCAUACCCAUACUCACGGAGGAGAUGCGAUGGCCAAGGCGAGAUGCCUGCAUCGUCGUUUGGCGGUGGGGUUGUAUACUGCUGGUCCCACGUCGGAACGUUUUUCGACGGCGUUGGUGGAGGCGGCGCAGGGGUUUGCGCUGUGUUUUUUUGCCUGGGCGCUUCCCAUGGCGCAUGAGGCGGAGAGGGAGUCUGACCUUGUACGCGUUAUGCAACUUGCGCUUGAGACGAGGGUGUGGUUGUGUGGACAAGAGGAGGAGUAUGAGUUUGUGUGGGAGGAUGUGGGGAGGAGGGGCGUGGUUGUUGUGCCGAGGCUACUCAGUCCCACCUAA